GUGCUGCCAGACUUCAAUCCAACACGUGUUGCCGGCUGUUUCGUACUGUGGGCGCCUGAAAAAUAAAUAUUUGUUCAUAAUUUUUCAUAUACUUGGACUAGCACGAAGAAAUUGUUUGAUAAUGGCGCGUGGAAAGAAACAGAAUCCCUUUGCGGCCCGAAAACGCCAAAAGCGCGAAAACGGUCCACAACGCCCCGAUCGGCGUUCCGAGCCUUACGAGGAGACCAAACGCGACAAUAUAUCAUUCAUCAAGUACUAUCACCUACAGAAGAUUUGCCACACAGAGGAGGAAUGGACGCAGUUCCUCGAAUCCAUUCGCGACAAUCUGCCAACCACGUUUCGUGUGACGGGUUUCAAGGGCGAGGCGAAGGCCCUGCUGAACAUCAUCGAGACGCAGCUCUUCACCGAAUAUGUGCGCGCGGUGGCGGAACUACACCAAAAGCCGCCAGAGCAAGUGGAGCGACCCCUGUGCCUGCCCUGGUAUCCCAACGGGAUGGCCUAUCAGCUGCAACUCACGCGCAAGGACAUUCGACGCUCAGAGCCUCUUUACCGGCUGCACAACUUUCUCAUUGUGGAGACGACGGCGGGAAGUAUCAGUCGUCAGGAGGCCGUCUCUAUGAUCCCACCCAUUGUGCUGGACGUGAAGCCCACGGACAAGGUCCUGGAUAUGUGUGCUGCGCCCGGCUCCAAGACGGCCCAGCUUAUCGAAGCCCUGCACGCCUCGCCCGAGGAGCACAAGAUCCCGCCCGGCUUUGUCCUGGCCAACGAUGUGGACAAUAAUCGCUGCUACAUGCUGGUUCACCAGGCAAAGCGUCUGAAUUCGCCCUGCCUGCUGGUGACAAACCACGACAGCAGCAUCUUUCCGAACCUGUUGCAGAGCAACGAGGACGGUGCCAAGUCCGUUCUCAAGUUCGACAAGAUCCUCUGUGAUGUGCCAUGUUCCGGAGAUGGUACGCUCCGAAAGAAUCCCGAUAUCUGGACCAAGUGGAACUUGGCCCAGGCCUACAACCUUCAUGGGAUACAGUACCGCAUUGUGCGUCGCGGUGCCGAGAUGCUCGAGGUGGGUGGGCGCCUGGUCUAUUCCACCUGCUCUCUCAAUCCCAUUGAGAACGAGGCUGUGCUGCAGCGCAUUCUGAAGGAUGCCGAUGGAGCCCUCGAGCUGGUGGAUGCUGGUCACCUAGUGCCCGGCUUGAAGUACAAUCCCGGCAUGACAGACUGGAAACUGGCCACCAAGGAGGUGGAUACUGUAUACACAAGCUUCGACGAGGUACCGGAGACGCUGCACACCAUCAUCCGUCCAGCCAUGUUCCCGCUGCCCGCCGAGGACAUGGCCAAGAUUAACCUGAACAAGUGCAUGCGGAUAUUGCCGCAUCUGCAGGACACCGGCGGCUUCUUUGUGGCCGUCAUCGUUAAGCGCCGCCAGCUCAGCUUCGAGAAGAACGAUGUGCAAGACUUGGUGGAGAAAGCAGCUAACACUGCCGUCGAAGAGCCCCAACUCGACGAGUCCGGCAAGCCCAUCGAGGCGAAGAACGUGCCGUGGGGACCACAGCGGAAGCGAAAACGACUCCAUGGGUAUAAGGAGGAUCCGUAUGUGUUCUUUGGAGAGGAAGAUGCCGACUACAAUGCCAUCAAGGAGUUCUACCAGCUGGACGAGUCGCUCAGCAAGCGCUGUCUCCUCACCCGCUGCGUCACCGAGAAGAAAAAGAACAUCUAUUACUGCUCGGAGCCCAUCCGGAAGCUGGUGGUGAACAACGAGCACAACAUCAAGAUUAUAAACACAGGUGUAAAGACAUUUGUCCGCUGCGAGAACCGCCACACGGUUCAUCCAUAUCGGCUAGCACAAGAAGGUUUGCAGACCUCCAACGCGUUCAUGGGCAGCAGUCGUCGCAUCGAGAUCCAUCGCGACGAUCUGGUCCGGCUGCUUAACUGCACCGAUCCCACGAAACCGCCCUCGACCCACGAACUGAAGCAGUCCACCCAGGACCGCUGCAGUGAGCUCGGCGUGGGCAGCUGCAUCCUGAAGUACGUGGACGAACAGUUCACCCUAUUCGUGGUUGGAUGGCGCGGCACUUCUAGCCUGCGGGCCUAUGUCGAUCGCGACGAGACCAUUCACAUCCUCCGUCUGCUCGGCGCCGAUCUCAGCAAGUUUGAGGUCAACAAAUACGAGGAGGCCAAGAAGGCGGCCGCCGCAGCAGCAGCAGCAGCAGGAGCAGCAUCCGCCGCAGAGAAUGGGGCUAAUGGCGCAGAGAUAGAGGCCCAAGCGACAACACCCACAGCCAUGGAAGCGGAUGAACCGGCAACGGAGAGUUAAUGAAGUUAUAAUCUCCUUGAAAAUGCAUUAAAUUUGACUCUCCGCCUCCACUGAUACCCUCUUCUCUGGAGGGGUUUGUAUAAUUACUAUGAAAAAUAUACAUAUAUGUACUCUAAUAUAUAGUAAUAUUUGCUCCUUUUUUGUACCCUUGCAGACAGUACUAUAUAUAGCAUAUAUGUAUAUUAAAUAUAAAUAUAUAUAAUAAUAUUAAUAUACUAGUGGGCAAGAACCCCAGCCAUGGGGGGGAACUACGGGACCACGACGACCCAAAAUUUUUAUAGAUAUUAAUAGAGAUAAGCCGUCGACAUAAAUCGGAUUACAAGGAACAUCGGAUCUGUUAGAUCAAUAUCGGAACAGUAUAUCAUUUAAAUAGAUAUAUAUAGAAAUGGCCAGACUUCCGAUUGAACAAAAGAAAAAUCACAGUUUCCAUGGAAUCGACCAAUCAGAAGGAUAGGUGACCAUGAACGGGUGAUAAAUGUUUAAUUCACGCAAUCGGCCAAUCUAUAAAUAUGACAGCUAAUCGAUUGAUUAACGAAUGGAAAGCAAGUGCCUCCAAGAUUGUACUCUUUUUACCCCACUCAAAUUCGCCGCCCGAUAAAGAAAGAAAUCAUUAUUUUGAAUACGUUUUUGUUAUAAAAUGUUAUAUUUAUGGUUUUAUUUUUGUUUUUCCAGUAUAAAUAUAUCAUAUGUAAAGUAUAUAAAAAAAAGUUCAUUAAAAAAUUACACAUACUCUUUAUAAAAAUGUUUGCUUUUGUCUUAUAUCGUUUUCCAUACUAGUUGUUUCGUUUUAUACGCUUCAUACGUGUGUGGUUUUCAUGCCUUUUAAAAAGUAUUUCUCAUAUGUUUCCUUUUGUUUUGUUUCUCUUAUUGCGUUUCAUUUGAGUAAAGUAAGUGGUUUUUUCGUGUGUUUUGGAAACAAUUAUGCACAAAUAUAUAUUUAUAGGGGGAGGGGGCUUUUUUAUAGACGAAUGUUUAAUGUUAAAUACGUUUGUAGGAAUGAGACACUGUGUUGCCAGCAACAGCGGCGACGGCUACGGCUACGGCGGCAUCGGCAGCUUUGUUAGUACAUAAUACAAUUUGCAAAGAGAAAACCAAAA